AUGACGUGUGUGUAUGCUAGUCCUAUUCCAAGCCAAAGACGAUCUCUAUGGCAUGAGCUACGUAACAUUAGGAGAGGAGUAGUGGGACCUUGGUAUCUUGGUGGUGAUUUCAAUGCCACACUUCUCUACUCCGAAUGCCUCUCGGCCGGUGCCAAUAGAGACCCUGACAAAGAUUUCUACAAUUUUGUUACCGAAGAAGAGUUGAAUGACAUGGGUUUUAUAGGACCCAGAUUUACCUGGAAGCGAUCAAAUGUGGAAAGUCGUAUUGAUCGUCUUUUGUGCUCAAGUGACUGGCUAGGGGCUUUCCCAAAUGCGAUGGUCUCUCAUCUACCUUGGUAUAAGUCUGACCAUAGGCCUCUCUUAUUGCAACUUCAUUGCCUUCAAACGUCCAGGCGAACCCAACGCCCCUUCCGCUUUCUCGCUCCUUGGGUCCUGCACGAACAGUUCGAUGAAUUUGUCAAAAAUGCUUGGAACACGUCUUUGCCUUGGAAGGAAACAGUUAGAGAGUUCACCGAUGUGUGUGUUACUUGGAAUGUGCAAGUCUUUGGCAGCGUAACUACACGAAAGAAAAGGCUCAUAAGACGACUAAAUGGUAUUAUGCGUGCGGAAGCACAAUACGGACUGACAGAGAACUUGGAAGUGUUGCAGCAACAAUUAUGGAGAGAGUUAAAUGAUGUUCUGCUCCAGGAGUCUCUGCUUUGGGCCCAAAAAGCAAGGUGUGAGUGGCAUAUUAAUGGCGACAAGAAUACGCGUUUCUUUCACAUGAGAGCUAAUGGGAGAAGGAAAAGAAACUUUGUCGGGGCCAUUAAAGACGCUUCAGGGGAGUGGGUUUAUAAUGUGGAGAAAAUAAAAUCACUCGCUACUGAAUUCUUCUCCACACUGUUUACGGAAGAUAUGGUUCAACGUACCCCAGUGCAGUGUUCUUUUUCCCACCCGCGAAUAGAGACAAACGAUCAAGAAAUUUUAGAAACCGAAGUGGUAAACACAGAAAUUAAAGAGGCACUUUUCAGUAUGGGAGCACUCAAGGCACCUGGGCCAGAUGGUCCGAAUGCCCUUUUUUAUCAGAACCAGUGGAAGGUGGUAGAGAACUCGCUGUGCAGUUUUAUUAAAUACCUCUGGUGA